AUGAAGAAGGGGACAGCAGCUGUGGGAUUUAUUUUGGGCUUGCUGCUGUUUUUGUCCGGUGACCCAAUUUGCCACGGCGCACUCCAGGUCGGGUUCUACAGAGGCAAAUGUGGGUUCGCCGACGUCGAAGCCAUCGUCGGCGGCGUCGUUUCGGCUCAGUUCUUCACCGACCCUUCCCUCCUCGCUUCCCUCAUCCGCCUCCACUUCCACGACUGCUUCGUCAACGGGUGCGAUGGGUCCAUACUCCUUGACGGUCCCGACAGCGAGAAAACGGCGUCGCCGAAUCAAAGCGUCCGCGGCUACGAGAUCAUCGACCAGGCGAAGGAUGCCGUCGAGAAGAUCUGCCCCGGCGUCGUUUCAUGUGCCGAUCUCAUUGCGAUUGCCGCCCGCGACGCCGUUUUCCUCGUACGUAAUAUAUUAUUGGGCUUUCCCCUUGAGCAGAGCGGGGGAGGGAUAUACAGAGUCCAAACGGGGAGAAGAGAUGGGCUUGUUUCGUCGGCCGAUAUAGCAAACGUGACUCUCCCAGGCCCAUCUAUCACAGUCCCACAAGCCAUUGCCGCAUUCGCCGACAAGGGCCUCACCGCCGUCGACAUGGUCCUCCUUCUAGGUGCUCAUUCCGUUGGAGUGGCACACUGCUCCUUCCUCAGCGAGCGCAUCCACAACUUCAAAGGCAGCGGCAAGCCCGACCCUUCCAUGGACCAGUUCACCGUCAACACGUUGCGGUCGAGGUGCCCGAUCAACGCGAUCGAGAACACCGUGAACCUCGACCAGAACCCGUUCAGCCCGCUGGUGCUCGACAAUUCGUACUACCAGAACAUACUGCUGCGUCGAGGGGUGCUGCAGAUCGACCAGGAGCUCGGGAUGAACAGGUUCACGAGGCCGAUCAUCGCGAACCUGGCGAAUUCGGUGGAUUUUCCGGCGAGGUUUGGGGCGGCCAUGGUCCGGCUGGGAGCCGUGGGUGUCCUGACCGGGACGCAGGGUGAGAUUAGGAGUUCUUGUAGGGUGGUCAACAAGGCUGUUAACAAGGAUAAAUCGGGUUAA